CUGGACUGUCCGGACAGACCUGCCGCCUAGCCAGGGCGCAUUUGCCGCACUAUUGAGAAAUGCACGGUGGUCAUCAUCAUCACACGCGCCUUGCAAGGCAGUGCGUAUGAUUGCGCUUUAUUUGUAUCGCGCACACACGUUCCGUCCUUUCGUGAAAUGUCGAUGUUACGUGCUACAUGGUCAGGAACGCGUCGUGAGGUGCCCAAAAUCGUAGCUGAAGGGACGCAGCAUCUCGGCCAUUAAAUAACGGACGCGAUGCAGAACUUUGUCAUGCAGUGGCUUGGCGACGUCGAGAAAUGAACAUGCAAGGACAGUCCCCAUACUAGCUAUUCUGCUUGUGCGGCGCAUACGAACAGCUGCACCCAGAACACCUACAACCAAGUUGCUGCGCUUCGUCGCCACGGCUGCAGUUUGAAUGACCUUCAAGCUGGGGCACCCUUGUGCCAUGGCUCCACUGAAGAUGCGCCUUUUGAAGCUAAUUGCUAUUGUCCUUGUGAUAGCAUUCCUUAUACUUUACUGGCAGAGCACCAGAACAGUUGACAGGACACCUGUUGAAACAGUGCAGUGGGUGGCUGGUGUGCUUACUGAUCCACCAUCCACAGUGGCUGCAACUCAUGGAAGUUUUCAAGAGAGCCUACGGUUGCCACCAAUCCAGUUUGACGAACGUAUAGUGCAUUUUGACCUUAAAGGUGCACCACCUAAGCUUGAAUACUAUGAUGCAGUGCUUCCCCUGUUGCGCAAGCUUGGUGCCACCGGACUUCUAAUGGAGUACGAAGACAUGUUUCCUUAUACAGGCAUGCUCAGCCCUCUUGCUGCCAGUAAUGCCUAUAACGAGGCUGACAUAGCUCAUAUCUUGUCUGUUGCUCAUGCCAAUCAUCUGCAGGUGAUUCCGCUGGUACAAACAUUUGGCCACCUUGAGUUUGCACUCAAAUUGCAAGAAUUUUCAGACCUUCGGGAAUUGAGCCAUAGUCCUCAAGCACUAUGUCCAUCACUGAAUGGAUCUCUUGCCCUGGUAAAAGCUAUGCUUGACCAAGUCCUCCAUUUGCAUCGUAAUGCUCAGUAUGUGCAUAUUGGUUGCGAUGAGGUUUACUCAUUAGGUCAGUGCAGUCGCUGUGAGAGGCACAUGGAUGUGGCAAACAUCACAAAACAUAAGCUUUUCUUGGAGCACGUAGAGGAGGUUGUAGCUCAUGUGGCCCAGUAUGGGGUUCGUCCCAUUAUGUGGGAUGACAUGUUGCGCGACAUAGAUGCUAAUGAGGUGCAGCAGUGGGGUGCUGCUAACCCUGUAGACCUCAUGGUCUGGCAAUACUCUCCUAAUAUAUCUAAAUAUAUUGAAGACCAGCACUGGCUCAAAUAUACCCGUUUCCAAGGGGUGUGGAUAGCAAGUGCUUUCAAGGGGGCUACAGGUCCAAAGCAAUUGCUUCCAGACAUCAAAUACCAUUUAAGAAACCACCAUUCUUGGAUAGAAACACUUAACAACCACAGAGAACUGCUAAAUGUACGUGGCAUUGCACUGACGGGGUGGCAGCGGUACGACCACUUUGCUGCACUUUGUGAGCUUCUGCCAGCAGCCAUGCCAUCCUUGGCUGCUAACUUGGUCUACCUGCAGAAUGGGUGUAUGGAUGAAGUGCAGCUGUCUCAAAUUAAGGAACACUUGCAGUGCAAUAGGCAGCUGCCUAUUUUUGAUGAUAGUGUAAGCACCCAUUUGCUCUUCUGCCAGUUCCCUGGUGGAAAGAUACUCACAGGAAUCCAGCAGCUAGUGACAUUGUACAGUCAAAAGAAAGCCAUGGAAAAAAACAGUCAUUAUGUUGGAUGGCUAGAUAGUUAUAAUGUCCGACUCUCAUUUGUCAGUCCUGAUCACAUUCUUGAGGCAACCAAAAACCUCACUGAGCUACUGAGCACAUCUAAGCAUCUGCACAAGUUCGUGGGCGAUGCGAUGUCUCAAGUGUAUGAUGCGCAUACCGUGGUAGAGUGGAUAGGUACAUUCCUUGAUCCAGUACAUGCUGAGCUCACACUGCUUGAGCAGCAGGUUCAGCGGCUGCUUAAUUACAGUAUAUGGCCUAGAAGAGCAUUACAGCAGACAAGGUGAAUUAUAAGCAAAAUAUGUGAGUGGCUGUCACAUGCUAAGCUAAGAGGAGUUUGGCAGUCAUUAAAGCAUAGGAAAUUCAAUUCAUUGUUAAUAACUGGCGUAUUUACAAGCAUGAAGCACAUGUGGGAGGUAGCUUGCCAUUUUUACAGGGUGUUUUUUGGACAAUACAGACUCUUGAAUAAAAAUGCUUGACAGUUAGGCUGCUGUCGUCAUCGCUCGCCAACUCUAUGUCGAGGCGGAAAUACUUUGCCAAAGUGAAAGUGAGAUUGAAGACACUAAUUAACAAAAACUGCUCAAUUAACCUUUAAAUUAUUGACUUUAGGGCAGUUUAUGCUAGGGAGUUGUAGGCAUACCUGUGUUUUAGAAAUGACAGAAGUUGCAGGUAAUUUGAGAUAUUUAUCAUCGAAUUUUAAGGCCAAUAUCGAAACUGACUGCACCCGGCAUGCAGAUACGUGGCUGCUCUGUUUACAUUGGACUGGAACUUCCUCUGACCUUGUCAGAGGUAGUUCCAGUGAUAUCGGCCUUACAUAUUGACUAUCAUAAAAUCCCGAGCAAGCGCCCCCUUCCCCUUUUCGGGAGACUUGAAAUAUGCGCCAAUGACCGAGCAAGUGUCCCCCUCCCCCCACUCCUGCCAUUUAUUUUCAACCUGUUCUUCGCUACAGAAUCGUGCAGCAGUGGUUCCUAGGAACCCAAGUUCUGAAAGUCUUUAGAUAUGUGCACGAUUUCUUAGCACUUUUACAGUGUGGUGCCUUGGGGUUGCGUUGUGAGUUAUCACAAAUUGUUGGAACAUUUGAAGAACGUCUUUCCCCCCUUGUCAUCAC